AUGGUCCCGGGCUGCCGGUUUUCGAUACUAUCGCCGGGCACGUCAGUGCGCUGGGCGAUUCUCGCCGGAGGGGGGAUGGCGGGCUACGCGCUGCCCUCGCCGAGGUUGGAGGCCCGGUGCCUGGCUGGGGAGGGCGAGGGGAGGGCGGCUGACGGGGUGGGGCCCCGCCGCCGGGCGUCCAUGGAGGGGAUGCGCGGGCUGGAGGGGCGGGGCAGGGAGCGGCGGGGCGCAAGGGGUGGGCGGCGGCGGGCGGAUUGGCCGCUCAAGGGCGCCGCCGACGAGGCCACCUCGAGCCCGCCGCGGCCGUCGGCCCAGCCGCGGAUGCGGUUCUUCGGCGUGGGGCAGCGGUCGGAGCGGAUCGUGCUGUACUACUGGACGGGGUGGAAGAACCCUGCGAUGCACUGCUCGCAGUGCGGCGGCCCAUGGCAGGACGUGGAGAUGUCUAAGGUGGCUUCCAGUUCAAGCUGGUUCAUGGUGGACAUGGAGGUUGACAUGAACAAUUGCAACGGCCGGGGGUUUUGGAUGGAGUUUGUGAUGACGGAUCAUUGUGGCUCCUGGGACAAGCCUAGCAGAGACAAGAACUACAUGAUUACAGGGCCCGGACGGUAUGUCCUAAGGGAUGGAGAGGUGGAGAAGGUGCGGGGUGAGAGCGUGUUGGUUGUGAGUGACCUGGACGGCACCAUGGUCGGGAACGAUGCUGCAACAGGUGCCUUCAGGGAUUUUUGGGAGCAGGAGGCUGUGUUGAGGGGUUCUGUUCUGGUGUACAACACUGGCAGGAACCUGCAGUCUUUUAAGGGCCUGCUGGCUGAGAAGUCCGGUGUCCUGGCGGUCCCUGACAUCCUCAUAAGUGCUGUUGGGACCAAGAUCUACAGAAACAAUGGCGGGUCGUUUGAGGAGGACGAGGCUUGGUCAAGCCAGCUGGACAAGGGCUGGCGGCUGUCUGCAGUGCGUGAAGCAGCGUACUCUGCGCUUGCACUGGUCGGAAAGGAGGCCAUGCACUUCAGGCCUCCAGAGGAACAGAACGACCACAAGGUCACUUGUGGUGUGCGAAACGAUGUUCUUCCCCAUGUCCUGGAGCACAUGGGGGAAGUGUUGAAGGCUAAUUAUGUCAAGGCAAAGCUCAUCACAAGUGGGACCGGUGACUGGAGGUUCCUGGACGUGGUCUCUGAUCGGGCUGGCAAAUUCGAGUCUCUGGACUACAUACGUAAGCAGCAAGGCUUCCCAUUGACAAGCACUGUGGCGUGUGGGGACUCUGGGAAUGAUAUCUUGAUGCUGUCUGGCCCCAACCUUGCGAUCGUGGUGGGGAAUGCGCAGCAGGAUUUGAAGGAAUGGGUGGCACAGCAGAAGAACGGCAGAGACGGGUCUCGCCUGUGGAUGUCUACGAAACCUGAAGCCUUGGGCAUCCUGGAGGGUCUGGAGCACUUUGGGUUUGGGUGUAACACAGUGUCAUAG